ACCGUAUCCUUAAGUCUCCAAUAAAGGCUAAUACCUACUUGGUGAAUAUAGAUUUAGUAGAUUUGGGAAUCUUGAUGAAAGAUUCCCUUAAUAAAUUAUACACUAAAUAUGUCACUGAACUUGACAUGGCAGUUUUUGGUAUACAUUGUUUUGGUCAUAACCUAAGAAUAUAUGGUAUGGAUUUAACUUAUGAUGGUCUUUACAGAAUGUACAUGUUAGGUGAAUUUGAGUUGCCGAGAUCCAAUAUUAGUUACCCCUUAGUUGAAUAUGCAUUGUAUGAAAUUGAAAAUUUAAGGUCAUUUGUUGAAGAGUAUAUAAGAAGAAUACCACCCUAUUUGCCACCAACUGAUAAUUAUCAUACACCAACAAAGAAACAAAGCAUGAUUCGAUCAACUAUUUCUUCACCAAAAAAG